AUGAAACCAAGGCGUCACAGAAGCCCCGUAUUCGUCGCAGAAUAUCUGAAUGGAGGAAGAAAAUGGAUUCCAGUUAAUAAUUUUACAAGAGAAGAUAUAAAUAAAUGGCUAGACUUGUUAAAAACUCAAUCUGGAAUCCCUGAAGCAAGACUUAAAAAAUACUGGUGCACCAAAACCCCUUCUAUUCAGGGUCCCUGGAGCCCUUUCUUACAUAAAAACCCAGAAUUUAAUAUAUCAAAAUUUCCUCAAGAAAAAUUUUCAUUGCCAAAAAAUCUACAGCCCUCAGCAACUGAUAUACUUAUUGAAAUGUUUAAGAAUCAAAAAUUGAUUGAUGCCAAUGAAAACAAUUUUAAGAGUUCUGAACAAAACUAA